AAAAAACAGAAGCAAAAUAAUUCAAUUGGAAAAUAACUCAUUUGCAAUCUUUGAAAGCAGCUCGCGUACCAUCGAUUAAUUGAAAAAACAUGAAUGCUAAAAAGAAAAAUCAUGAUCCAUAUUGUUGGGACUGCUGUACAAAAACUACUGAACACAAUUGCUCCAAGUGUUUGCGGUCAUUUCAUUCGCGUUGUUUAGAACAAAACCAACGAAACAAUGUCGAUUCCAAAGAUUGGAUAUGUCCAGUAUGCGACGAAUUGGAAGCUGCUGACGACAAGCCAAAUGACGUGAAGGUGUUGCCGCUAAUCAUGGAUCGGGUGGCUACAAACAAAUUCUAUCACGCGUUGAAGCCGACGCAAAAGGGUGGCGGUAACAGUGCGUGGAAGAACUCUGACGACAUUGUCAAUCCCAUUAAUGUGACAAUGAUCAAGCACAACAUUGAAGCGUACAAAAAUUUUGCCGAAUUUCGGGCCGAUAUUCAGUGGAUUCAGCACAACUGUACAAUUGCAUACAAUGAAGAAAGUGCAAGUACAAAGGCCGUCCGUGAGCUGAUGGAAUAUGUUGAACAUGAAAUCGAAAGUGUCAAGAAGUGUGCCGAGUGUUACGAAAAGGCGAACAAGUAUCCGCAUUUAUGGUUUGCCAUGGCAUGUUCGGAGCCGCACUUGCUUGUUUGGGCGAAGAUGAAGGGGUUCAAUUAUUGGCCGGCCAAAUUGAUGUCCAUCGACGGACAAUUGAUCAACGUUCGUUUCUUCGGCGACCACACUUACGCUGAUGUUCCGGCCACCAACAUUUACCUGUAUUCCGCAAAUAAUCCGGGUCGACGGGCUACACACUCUGGUUACAAUACUGCAAUCAAAGAAGUGUACAAUUACAUGGAAAAUAUUCGUGAAAGAUUCGGUUCGUUCGUAAUCGCCAAAACCAAAACGUUGUUCAAUCCGGCAUUGCAUGAACGUUACUUGAACGAUAUGAUACCAAGUUUGGCCGAAGGCCGUGGAAACCAUUCGACCAAUUCGGAAUUAUCCCCCGACAGCAAUGAAUCAAUGGAAGAAUGUUCGCCAAAUAACUCAAACGAAGACGUUGAUAUUUUGAAUGAAUCAAAAUCAGAACCAAACGAAUCGAUUUCAAAUGCAAUCGCCCAAUGUUCUGUAUCAUUGGAACGACUCGAUACGAAUACUUGCGCAAAGCUACAGUCGGUCGCAAAGCGCCGUCAAUCAAAACGAUCAAACGGCAACGAACCAAACAAGAAAAAGCAGCGAUUCGAUAAUGAACCAAAUGACAAGCAGGAAAUCAUUGAUGAGGUGAUUGAAUCAGGAAUCAAGCAAAAAACCAUUAACACCACCAAAAGUGAAGAAAAAACCAACAAAGCCGUAAUCACCGUUGACAUUACGCCGGAAGACGAAGAAAAUGCAAGCGGUACUGCAAACGAUGAUCCAACAGAUGCAAAUGAUAAAAACGCCAACGAUGUUACAACUUCCGUUCAGAGCAAUCGGUCCGAUCCAGUCGUCGAUGAUUCGAAAGAUGACCGCUCAAAGGACAGUUCACCGCUCGAAGAUGCGGUAGAAAAAUGGAUCAACGAUAACGUCCAAUUGAAAAAACAGUUGAAAGAAACAAAUCAACGAUUGGAUAAAAUAAUUGCGGAAGACAAGGAGACAUUUUACGACUUGCAACAAAAGAUCAUCCAAACACAAAGUGCAAACGCCAAGUUGAUUGAAACCAUCGCACGGUUGAAAAGUGCCAAUGGCAGUAAGGAUAAAAGUUAUUGCCACGGAUGCGGAAAGGCACAAGAUUACGUCAUUUAUUGCAACAACGAAUGUCACCAAAAAUUCGUUGAAAAUGCAACGUUGAACACCGUAAAGGAAGAUGAAGACAAAACUGAAGACAAGACACAUGUGUAACAUGAUCCAGACGAUGGACUUUCGUUUAUCAGUCAUUCUGUCAUCUUUUGACUAUUCAAGAUAAUAACGAGAAACAGUACAAUUUUGAUUCAAUUUUACUUUUCAAUUUACAUAAACAUAUGAAAACUCAUUUAAUCGAUAAAUAUCUUAAGGUUUAGUACAAAAAUUCACUUAGAAUU